AUGGCAUUCGCGCUUCACUCCUUCUUCCUCCUCUGUGCGAUCAGCGGACUGCUGACUGGAGUCUUCUCCUGGCCAUUCCAAGGACAAAGAGCAGAGCACAAUAACUGUCCCAAAGGCUGGACUCGUUUGGACUGUCACUGUUACAUCUACGAAGAAAACCCGAGGCUUUUUGCAGACGCAGAGGCCGUCUGCAAUAUUCUUGGAGGAAACUUAGUCUCCAUUGAAAGCGCGCUGGAAAAUGCAUUUGUUCACGAAAUGUUUAGAGCGGGCAGGGCUUCGGAAAAUGCUCUCUGGAUUGGACUCCAUGAUGCAAUUGAGAAUCAAACCUUCUUAUGGAUGGAUGGCACGGAUUUUGACUUUAUAAACUGGGAUGCCACAGAUCCUGAUACAUCGGCUGGUGACUGUGUGACUAUGGUUGAGAGUGAUGGAGAGUGGGAGGUUGCGAUGUGCUCAGAUAGCAACCCGUAUAUUUGCAUCACUGAUGUUUCAACUCACUGA